AUGGAGUUUUUGAGAGCAGUCGUGGCGUCGUUGCGAAGUCAAAUUGCUGUGCUUGAAGAUGCUCUUGCUGAGGCUAGGAGGAAGGAGAUGGGGGAUAUAAAGGGAAGAUUUGAAAUUGAAGAUGACGAGGAGGCUGAUGAUGGCAGUGGUAGAGGGGUCCAAACUUGCAUCUCGGAGAUCUACUUCCCGAAUGGGGCCGAUAUGCCAGAGGACUAUACCAUUCAGAAAUCUAUUUUCCGAAUGGGGCCGAUAUGCCAGAGGACCAUACCAUUCAGAAAUCUAUUUACCGAGACGACGUUCCCUAACCUCCUCCCGGUGGGCCAAAUAACUACCGAGUCCUUCAGUUUCACUGACUAUGGUGCAUGGUACCUAGCUGGUUACUCUAGUGAUGAUGGUAUCCGUAUGCUUUGGAGACUCCAAUGCAACCAAUGGCUACCUGUUGCCGAGAAGACUAUUUCUAAUAUCGAGGCUUCGGGCAACGAUAUGUUCGUGUUUGGCAUCAGCGAGGGUGACGUUGGUGUUUUUUACCCGAAGAACAACAAUGCUUAUCGUAUAAUAGCACUACUACUGCCUCAACUAAGGGUGCUGUGA